UCGGAAAUAAGUAAAUAAGCAGUCCAGUUGCCGCAGCCGCGCCCCCGCGGGACAGGCGCGCAGGGGAGGGGACCCCUCGGGUCCCGGUCCCCGCAGCCCGUGCGCCCUCGCUAUUGGCGGAGACAGAGGGGGGGUCACCCCCGGGGGGCGAAUGGUACAGUCCUCCGCCCGCGCCCCAGCCGGGCCCGCGGCGAGAGAGCGAGCACCGAGCCCCGCGCAGCCGCCGCCGACCGUGGAGCCCCAAGCCCAGUCCAGGACGGAGAUGGAGGGAGUGAGCAGCCACCGCACCCUGUCCUACAGCCGCUGGAGCUACGACAGUGUCCUAGAUGAUGAGGGCAGCAACCUGAGGCAGCAGAAGCUCGACCGGCAGCGGGCCCUGUUGGAGCAGAAGCAGAAGAAGAAGCGCCAAGAGCCGCUGAUGGUACAGGCCAAUGCAGAUGGGCGGCCUCGGAGCCGGCGUGCCAGGCAGUCAGAGGAGCAAGCCCCCCUGGUCGAGUCCUACCUCAGCAGCAGCGGCAGCACCAGCUACCAAGUUCAGGAGGCCGACUCACUUGCCAGUGUACAGCCAGGAGCCACCCGCCCACCAGCACCAGCCUCAGCCAAGAAGACCAAGGGAGCAGCUGCAUCCGGGGGCCAGGGUGGGGCCCCCAGGAAGGAGAAGAAGGGGAAGCAUAAAGGCACCAGCGGGCCAGCAACUCUGGCAGAAGACAAGUCUGAGGCCCAAGGCCCAGUGCAGAUCUUGACUGUGGGACAGUCAGACCACGCCAAGGAUGCAGGGGAGACAGCAGCCGGCGGGGGCGCACAGCCCAGCGGGCAGGACCUCCGAGCCACGAUGCAGAGGAAGGGCAUCUCCAGCAGCAUGAGCUUUGAUGAGGAAGAGGAUGAGGAUGAAAACAGCUCUAGCUCCUCCCAGCUGAACAGCAACACCCGCCCUAGUUCUGCCACGAGCAGGAAGUCCACCAGGGAGGCAGCAUCAGCCCCCAGCCCAGCAGCCCCAGAGCCACCAGUGGAUAUUGAGGUCCAGGAUCUAGAGGAGUUUGCCCUGAGGCCAGCUCCACAAGGGAUCACCAUCAAAUGCCGAAUCACUCGGGACAAGAAGGGCAUGGACCGGGGCAUGUACCCCACCUACUUUCUGCACCUAGACCGUGAAGAUGGCAAGAAGGUGUUCCUCUUGGCGGGCAGGAAGAGAAAGAAGAGUAAAACUUCCAAUUACCUCAUCUCUGUGGACCCGACAGACUUGUCUCGGGGAGGCGAUAGCUAUAUCGGGAAAUUGCGGUCCAACCUGAUGGGCACUAAGUUCACCGUUUAUGACAAUGGCGUCAACCCUCAGAAGGCAUCAUCUUCUACACUGGAAAGUGGAACCCUGCGCCAGGAGCUGGCAGCCGUGUGCUAUGAGACAAAUGUCCUAGGCUUCAAGGGACCCCGGAAGAUGAGUGUGAUCGUCCCAGGCAUGAACAUGGUUCAUGAGAGAGUCUGUAUCCGGCCCCGAAAUGAACACGAGACGCUGUUAGCACGCUGGCAGAACAAGAACACGGAGAGCAUCAUUGAGCUGCAGAAUAAGACGCCAGUCUGGAAUGAUGACACGCAGUCCUAUGUUCUUAAUUUCCAUGGGCGCGUCACACAGGCUUCCGUGAAGAACUUCCAGAUCAUCCACGGCAAUGACCCGGACUACAUCGUCAUGCAGUUUGGCCGGGUAGCAGAAGAUGUGUUCACCAUGGAUUACAACUACCCGCUGUGUGCACUGCAGGCCUUUGCCAUCGCUCUGUCCAGCUUUGACAGCAAGCUGGCCUGCGAGUAGAGGCUUCCACUGCCUUUAGGGCGGCCCCGUCUGGAGUGGAGCCUGCCUGCCUGCCAAGACAGCCCUGCCUACCCUGUCCACAGGCCCUCAGUGGGCUUUCUGGCCUUACCAACCAGAAACUGGCCGCUCUGCCUCUGCUGCUGAAGCAGGGAACAGCAAACGGGUAUGACAGGAGGAGAGUUCCUGUGCCCCAAGGUCAACACACAUACCCAUCCUGGGUCAGUCCCCUGCUGCAGUGCUUUCCACACUGGGAAGCCUCUUCAACUGGAGCUCAGAGGGAGAGGAAGUACAAGCAGGGCUGCCGUGGCUCAGCCGUCCACUCAGCCGACAAGUCAGAGGACAGUGGAUGUCCCAGGAGGUCGGGGUACAGUGAGUGGUGUAUGUGUAUGCAUAGGCACUUGGGCUUUGUGUAGCAAAGGCUCUGGUGGUCAGCAGAAAGCACUCCCACUCCAGAAGGGCCCAUUAGGCCCAAAGGGAUUUGGGGGUGGUAGGGCUAGGUGCAUGGCAGGGCCCUGCCAUUGUUGCAGCAGCCUGGCUAUGUGUAUUAGCUGGUGGCUUAGAAUGCUAGCUCAUCUGUUGCUUCAGACUUGCCCAGUGCUUGCACAAGUAAGAACCCAGCUCUCAAGGCCAAAUAUCUGAGUGGAUGGGGACUCAAGGAGUCAUCCAGUAGACUCCCCACAUCAGGGCUCUGAGCAGCCCCAGCACAACACCUAUGACACACACAUGAGGUCUAGGUCACCAUUCAAGUAAUGGCGUACUUCAGGAAGAAUGUCCUCUCUGGGAAGACUCAGCUCCCGUUGCUGCCAGCAGCCAUGAUCAGUGAGGGCUGUAUGCCAUUCUUAGGGGAAUGGAGUGGGGUUAGGGGAGCAGAGAAUAUUUUAGGGCCUCAAGAGCUGAGAGGUGGUAGUACUCUGUAUGGUUCACCAAAAGCAGUGCUGAUCCCUGAGUAGAGGGCAUUUGUCUCUUGGUUACCUAACUGGUUAAAUGGCAGAGUUGAGCACCCCAAGUUCCUUUGUUCCUACUGUUGCCCAGAAUCUAGACUCUCCGACCUUCUGGUGGGGUCUGUUUGGCAAACCCUUUCCCUUCCCAGUCCCAGAGAUUAAGACCCUCAGAGUUAAAAGGUUGAAAACCUUUCAGUAGGGAAUCAGGCAGUUCCCUGUUGAAAGUUGUCUGAGUUUUUGCACACCAUUCUGAUCUGAUGUGGCUUGUCCCUGGCUCCUCCAUGAGGACUUCGAGCUGUGCACAGACCUCAGCAGGACCAUGGCACUUUGUGUAUGUGUGACAGGCAGCUCGAGGGCUCUAGGCCUGGGCCUGGACACCCCUCCACUUGGAUGGCACCAGUCAUCUGGUGGGCUCGGGAACUCCUUGCCCUUGCCCACGUGCCAUUUGUGAGAAGCUUCUUGCCUAGAUGGAGAUGAGAAGCCAGUGGGAAGCAACAAGCAUUCAGACAUUGCUUUCUGCUCUGAAAUAGAUAUGCUUGGAAAGGCUAAGUAGAAACUUAAAAAAGUAGAGUCAUGCUUUGAAUAUGAGGCUCUGCGGGUAAGGGGGCUGGAUUGAUGUCAGCGGAGUAGUACUUUAAAAAAGAUCUAGAUUUCCUAGGCUGGACGCUCUGCUCUGAGCAAGGCACACCUGCUCGUGCAGGGUCUGACACACCUGAGCCAUACAUCUCCAUCAGAGAACCCUCAGUGAGGUAGCCUUUGUUUACAGUCUAGUUUCUGGAGGGCAGUAGGACUUCCAUGCUGGGGCUGGCCUAUCUCCUGAUGAAAGAUUACAGUGCCAUCUCCUUCCCAUAGUCCUGUGUUUGCCCUCCCCCCUCCCUCCCACCCUCCCUCCCUGACUUUAUAAGGAGAAGUCUCCUGACAUUAGAGGUGAUAGGAACCAGGUCUUUAGUCUGGUCAGGCUGUUUCUCUGGGUUGACAAUUUUAUGGUUGAACAGGCUGAUUUCUGGAACCUUGUGAGUGGAGGGCCCCUGGUGGGAAGAGUGAAACUGGAAGCACAAUGGAAAACUCCUGGCCUCUGCUCUCUGCUUUACCACACAAAAGGGGGGUGGGGGCGUAUCUUGGCUAUUUGAAUAUAAAAUUGGUAGCACCAGGAAAAAGGCUGAACGUCGUAGCCCACUGUGAAGGAGCAGCCUCAGCACAAAGCCUCUGUUGGGCACUGAGUGACAAGGCCAGCCUCACAGGUCAGACUUAAGACUCGGCUCCUGGUGAUCAUGCCUUUUCUUGACCACUGGCCCUGUGAACACAGGCCCAUGGACUUCAGAUACCAGGGCCCCAGGGAUCACCUGGGUUCAGCCUCUCCCACUGUAAGAUUUCUUAUCCUUUGCACCCUCUUCUCGUUGGUCCUUGAUGAGAUGAGUAGUUUAGUCUGUAAGAGUGCAGGGCAGCAGGAAUCUAGGCAGCUCCUCUGUAUGCUACUGGCUCCACACCCUAAAACCCCCACCCUCUGUUCCAAAACAGUUUCUCUGCAGAGUGGUGAUGUUAGCUCCCCCAUCUCCUCUCCACGUCUAGCUUUUUUGUCCCUCUGGCUCCAAGGUGCUCUGUGUGUGUGUGUGUUUGUGUAUCUGUGUGUGUUCCCAUGUGUGUGUGUCUGUGUGUCCAGAGGAAAGGGCAAUCUGCGAACAAUGAACAGAAGUUGAAGAUCUCAUCAGAGGCGGCAAAGAAUAAGGCAGCGGUGACCACUAUGGAUGGUGCCCCGUCAUUCCAUGCUUUUUCUCCCAUGGUUCUGAGCAGACGACUGUCAAGGAAGUGUAGUGUUGGUUUCACUGGAGGAGGAGCUGAGAUGUGCAUCCUAUUAAAUGGACAUGGUGUGGUGAUGGUGCCUUAACAAUCUUGAUACUAAGGUCAAGCAAGCAAGGUGCAUGCGCAAGGGAAGAGAGGUGUUGGAAGCCAAGGUGUGUGGCAACAGGCUGAAAGAGAACCUGGUAAUCCUACCUUCUUCAGUGACAAGGCAACUAUGCUGUAAAGUGGGUUCCUUUGGGUUUUGUUUGUUGGUUUUUCUUUCUCCUGUCUUGAAGUGGCAGGUCUGUUUGCCCCCAAAUGUUAUGUAGAAGUAGUUCUAAGUUUAACAAGCAAUAGAGAUGACAGCUUAGAUGGGGUCUGCAGGGAGCUCUGCUCUGUAAGCACAAUACCCGUCUCAUAGGUGGGCAGCCUGGUUUCCUUUAUCAGCAGUCCUCACCUCCCCUUCUCUGUAUUCCUUCCCCCAGCUACAAUAUCCUCAUGGGAUUUCAGGUUGCCAGGUGCCAUCAAAACAUGCUUUCUUGUGGUGCCUAGCACUGUGACUGGAGCCCAACUGCCCUGCAGAGUUGGGACCUUAUACUGCCCUAGGCCCUGGCUUAUUGACCUUCUUUAGUCUCCAGAACAGGCUAUGGGAUAGAUUUUUAUUUCAGUUUAUGGCCACAUGCCCUAACUCACUUGCAGCUUGCAGUCUUCUGUCAUUUCACGAUCUUAGGAAGUACUGGGAUAGGUUUGCAUUUUCAACACAGAGGCGAGUGGAUCCAGGAGCAUACGACUGUACAGAGGAGCAGCUAGAGCCUUUGAGCAGACCACGUGAUCUCUGUGUGUUUCCCUCCCUGCAGACAGGCCUGUCAGAGCCAGCUGUAGGAGCGAGGGUGAGUGAAAGCAAAUCCUGGCUCUCGUCUCUACCUUUCCUAGCUCAUCACCGUGCCUUCUUUCUUCCCUAAGAAAGACACUGCACCCCUCUCCUCUGUUCUCCUGCCCCUCCUCUCCCAAUGAGGUCCAGAUAGAGUGGGAAUGAGGCUGAAAUGUACAGUGUUCUAUAGAGCAUCUCAGAGUAGCAUAGAAAGAGAAGCCCAGCUCCAGCCUCCUGGACCCCAUACUGGUGACCGGCUUGGUGAGGACAGGCAAAAUUUCUCUAGCUGAGAGCACACUUAGCCAGUUUUCACACCUAGAACAUGUAUGUCGAUUUACACAUGAUUGUCUUUUCCUAUUUUGGAGUGGUCAGACAUUUUAUUUUUGUUCAAAAUUAUCUGGAGUUUUAGACAAACUUGCAAAACUGUGCUUUUAUUAAGUGACUUUUUGAAUAAACUUUUUGGUAUUCUGAAGCAAAUGUAUUUAUUUAUUGGUAUGUGCAAUGACAAACUUGGUAUUUUCCCAUAAUGACAUUAUGUAUGUUGUAGAAUUUAGUGUUUGUCUAAGUACAGACGUGUAUCAGCAAAUUAAACUUGAACUGUUUGACUGUG